UAUUGGAGAAGUCAUGCUGUGAGAAUAACAGUUUACCUUGAUGACGGGCUUGGUUCCGCCCGUGAUUUCGCUCGCUGCGAAGCUGCUUCAUUAUUUGUUAAGACUUCGCUUCAGCUUUCUGGUUUCCUGCCUAAUGACAGUAAAUCGAUUUGGCAACCAACUUCUUGUUUAGUCUGGUUGGGUUAUUGUAUUGAUUUAGCCGUUCAUACUAUUUCCAUUCCUUCGGUUAGGAUUCUCAGUGUCGUACAGGUUAUUGAUUCAAUUCGUUCUCAGUAUCCUUCUAGUACUGCCAGAAAAUUGGCUCAGUUUGUCGGUAAGGUUAUCUCUAUGGGUUUUGUCUUUGGUAACGUUACUCGUAUUAUGACAAGGUAUUCUCCUUUUGAUAUUUUAAGAAGCCCUACAUGGGACGAAAAAAUUUCCCUGUCGGGUUCAACUGUGAAGGAAUUAUAUUUUUGGAAAGAGAACAUUCCUUCCCUAAAUAGUAGGCGCCUCUUGUCUACACAGUUCCAUUAUUCCCGU